AUGAAGUUGAACGUCAAAAACAUUCGCUAUGUUACGCCCGAGGACUGGCGCGUUUUGACUGCGACAGAACAGGGCAGCCGUAACCACGAAGUCGUCCCUACGCCGUUGAUUUCCCAGCUCGCCUCUCUGCGCUCGGGCAAUGGCGUACAUAAUUGCAUCUCAAACCUCGCAAAGAUCGGUCUCAUUGCCAAAGUGAAGAACGCAAAGUACGAUGGGUACCGCCUCACAUACGGCGGACUGGACUACCUAGCCCUUCACGCGCACACCAAGGCCUCGACGAUUUACUCGGUUGGGAACCAAAUUGGUGUGGGCAAAGAGUCGGAUAUUUUCGUCUGCGCCGACGAGACAGGUAAGCAGCAGGUUCUGAAGAUACAUCGUCUGGGUCGCAUAUCGUUCCGCACCGUGAAGGCAAACCGCGAUUACCUACGCAACCGUUCUUCGGCAUCAUGGAUGUACAUGUCACGACUAGCCGCCAUGAAGGAAUUCGAGUUCAUGAAGGCACUCCGUCGGCAAGGGUUCCCUGUACCAGAACCUCUCGGCCAGAACAGGCACACGGUAGUCAUGAGUCUCGUCGAUGCGUUCCCCAUGCGGCAGAUCGCCACCGUUGGCGACCCAGCCGCAUUGUAUGCCGAGCUGCUCUCUCUCAUUGUCCGAUUAGCCCAGAUCGGCCUGAUUCACGGCGACUUCAACGAAUUCAAUAUUCUGAUUGAGGAGAAGCCACAGGAGGAUGGCCAAGUGUCGCUGAUUCCUACCAUCAUCGAUUUCCCGCAAAUGGUGUCCAUAUCUCAUCCCAACGCCGAGUAUUAUUUCGACCGCGAUGUAGCCUGCAUCAAGCGCUUCUUCGAUCGUCGGUAUGGUUUUACAAGCGACGAGCCUGGUCCCUUCUUCCAGGACUCCACCAAGACCAUCCUGAAGAGGCUCGACGUAGAGGUAGAGGCGAGCGGCUUCAGCAGGAAGAUGGCGAAGGAGCUGGCCGCAUACAUGAAGGAGCACGGGAUCGACGGCGACGCGGGUGAGGCUGAGAGGGACGACGAAGAAGAAGAUAAAGGCCCAGUGAGCGAACAAGACGAGCCGUUGGACCUUGAAGCGGAGUCAGAGGCACCGCUUGAACAGAUGCCAGCGGAGGACGUUACGGUUGACUCAUCAGUCACGCCGGCGACACUCGCCACACAAAUGACCAUCCUCGACAUCCGGGACAAUGAUCCGCUGCCCGAUCUCAGCGAGAUUCAAGCCAUGAAGGCUAAGCAAGCACCAGCCAUAUCUACAAAAGCCGCCAAGGCCAAGGCCGGAUGGGCACUCUAA